GCGGCUGCCUCUCAGGGCUACUGGGCUUUUCAAUAUUUAACGUGCAAAGGAGGCGAGGCGGGGUCUGUGUGGCGGUGACAGCUGGGCACAGACCCCAGGAAGGCAGGCAAGCAAGCAAGCAAGAAGGCAGGCAGGCAGGCAGCCUUUCUGUCCUAAGCCCCUGCUUCCAGAGCCCGUCCUUCCCUCCCUGGCCAGUCCAGCCCCCAGGCCCCCUGCUUGCUGGGCCCCAUGGCUGACCGGGCCCCUCCGGGAGCAGCAGGCUGCCUGGUCCCUCCGCAGUCUGAGCGGGAGUGAGGAGCCCCUGAGGAGGGAGAAGGAGAAGAAGAGGAGGAGGAGGAGGAGGAGGAAGGCUGCCUUGCCCUGGGCGCCCACCAUGGACAGCCUCCUGGAGCCCUUCCCCACCCCCACCGCAGCAGCCCCUGGCUUCUUGGACCUGGGCGAGCUCAACGAGGCCGACUUCCUCAGCAAUGUGCAUUUCUCAGAGAGCUUCGACCACUUCUCAGAGAAUAUGGAGGACUUUUCAAAUGAACUAUUCAACAGCUUCUUUGAUGACCCCAUACUGGCUGAAAAGAACCCUCUACUGGACAUGGAUCUGGACCCCCCUACUCCUGGCAUCCAGGCAGAGCACAGCUACUCCCUGAGUGGAGAUUCUGCUCCACAGAGUCCCCUCAUGCCUGUCAAGACAGAAGAGAAUGCUAGUGAGCUGGAAAGUGGUAUGUGGUCCCUCCAGCACAAGCUUUGUUCCAUCAUGGUGAAGCAAGAGCAGAACAUGGCACCAGAAUUCGCUGAGACCCAGACUUCAGCUAAUGUGGUUCCUAUGCUGAACCUCAAUCCAAUGCAAAGGUUGCCAGUCCCUGAAGAGGCUCCCGUAGAGAUGACACCCCAACCUGUAAUCAAAGCCGAACCAAGAGAGGUCACCCAGUUUCUAAAUGUGCCAACAGUAGAUGAUCUGGUGCAGAUGCCUCCUACUCCUCCCAGCAGCCAUGGCAGUGACAGUGAUGGAUCUCAGAGCCCAAGGUCCUUGCCGCCCUCCAGCCCAACCCGCCCUACUGCUCGCUCUUCCACAGCAAUCUCUUCUUCUCCUCUCCUCACAGCACCACAUAAGUUACAAGGGACUUCAGGACCUCUGCUGCUAACUGAGGAGGAGAAACGUACUCUAGUUGCUGAGGGCUAUCCCAUCCCAACCAAGCUUCCUCUCAGUAAAGCAGAGGAGAAAGCACUGAAAAGAGUUCGGCGGAAGAUCAAGAACAAGAUUUCUGCUCAAGAGAGUCGGAGAAAGAAGAAAGAAUAUGUGGAGUGUCUGGAGAAAAAGGUUGAAUCAUACACAUCUGAGAAUAAUGAAUUGUGGAAAAAAGUAGAGACGUUAGAAAAUGCCAAUAGGACUCUCCUCCAACAGUUACAGAAGCUACAAACUUUGGUAACAGGGAAGGUUUCAAGGCCAUACAAAAUGGCUUCCACACAGACAGGGACCUGCCUGAUGGUACUAGUUUUGUGCUUUGUCCUAGUGCUGGGCUCCCUGGUGCCUUGUCUCCCAGAAUUCUCUGCAAAGUCACAGACAGUAAAAACAGCUCCAAUGCCAGACAUUUACACAAGCAGUAAAAUUCAGUCCCGAAGCCUUCUGUUCUAUGAUGAGCAUAGGGGCUCCUUAGAAGAGGGCUACAGCUCCUUUAUCUCCGUGGAGCAUCCUGAAAAGUGGGAAGCUGAAAAAAAUGAGGAGGAAGACCACCAAUCUCCAGAGCUUGGCCACAGCCCCCUGGUUGUGGCCCAUGAAACAGCCAAAUAUCUGCAUAAAUCUCACCAGGAGGGGCCAAAUCAGAACGAGACCAGCUCCACUCUCUCUCAUCUGAAGGACCAGAUCCAUAAGAGAGAGAGGAACUCCAGUGAUGCAGCUGAAUAUUUGUAGCAGCUGCCAGCCCUCAGGGCCUCUUCUGUCUGAUUGCAGGAUCCUUUCCCAGCUGCAUGAUUAAAGGCAGCAAUCCUCUGCACACUUACCUGGGAGGAAGUCUCAUUGAACUCAGAAGGACUUUCUCUUGAGUCCACCUGCACAGGAGGGAUUACACUGUAGGGGGAUUGGGGCUGUAAUCAUAAACAUUCUUUUUAAAAAAUUAGACAAAUGGGAUUUACUUCUGUGUGAACAUGCAUAGAAUUGCACUGUAAGUGGGAGAGGAUGCUCCAUUUAGACAUCUUCAAAUUGGCCUCGAGUUCAGGCUCUUGUCUACUCUCUCCUUUGUUCCCCAGUGCCAAAGCUGUUCUUUCUGCUGAAAUUCACAAUUAUGCAAAUGGAUAGUACCUGGCAACAUAGACAUAGCCUCAGGCUUCUGGUUUUCUCCCCAGCUCUUGAUCAAUAUGGCCAUAUCCCUUCCUCUUUCUGUAAAGCAUCAUCAGAAGUGCGCCAUUUCUAACCAUACAAUUCCUAUGAUGUACUGUGUAAACUUUCUACAGCCACAUCUAUCUCAGUGUCAAGGGGGAAUAGUCAUUUCUACCUUGUCAGAUACUAUUCUGUAUUGUCUCAGUUUUUGUAUGACAAAGUUACAUUCAAAAACAAGAAGCUGUAAGAAAAUGAAGGCAGAAAGAUAAAAAAAAUAUCAUGAUUAAAUGUCUAGAUAAGAUUCAGAAUACUGUAGUCUGCAAAGGAAGUUUUCACUUGCCCCAUCAAACAAAGUUCACAAAUCAAAUUUCAUAACAUCAGUCCAUGUAUUAUCACUGUGGCUUCACACUUUAAUGAAAAGCAAUCUCAUUUGUAUUUGCUUCUAAGAGUGUGUAAUAUGCUACAAAAGUAGUGUGUCACAUCCUCUUGCCCAAAUCCUGAGUCUUUUCUUUUUAGGUUAUGAUUUGAGUUCCAUUUGUUUUUCAGAAGAAUGUAGCAAUGUGGAAAAAAUGCAUAUCUUUUCUAAGAUGGACACAUCAUGCACAGUUCAGUGCCUGAAGCUUUUACAUAAAUGUCAUGGAGGAGCUCACAUAUGGGAUUAGGAAUCACUAUAGUACAUCACCUUUUCAGUUCCUUUACCCUUCUUCCAAGGAGCCUUUUGAUUCUGUUUUGUUCAGAUAUUCAGAUUGAAUUAAGUUCUCCUUUGCUCUUGUAGUGCCCUUCUUAUAAUAUCAAAUUACAAGUGGAUAGGUCUCCAUAUCACCUUAUGGAGACAGGUCAGCCCUAACCACAUCCACAAAUGUUUCUUAUGCAGACAUUUUGGUAGAGAUUGUAGAGAUGUACACAUGUUUCCUGGACAACUCCAUUCUUGUAUUCUUUUCCUGGUGCCAUUUGGGACAGAUGUAAAGAUCAGCAGCCUUCAGCUAAAUUUCCAUUUUUAGAUAUGCAGAGAUCAGAGCUUGGAAAGUUGUUCUUUGGUACUGUGACUACUACAAUUCCCCAGUCAGCUUGUCCAAUACAUUCACAUAAUCUUUUAAGUUCUUAUAGGAGUUGAGUGACCCUUCAGAGCCAUUCUUCAAUCAAGUUUACCAGGGCCAACAUACAUCACUGCAGCUCCCUACACUCCACUUUUCCCAGCCCAAAGCUAGCACAAAGAACCACUGGUCAGUUAGUGCACAAUCUUUUUGUCUAUUCAGAAAUUUUACUGGACAUAGUCCAUGCGUGCCUCCAAGUCAUACCAUUGUACAGAGACCAAAAGCAGAAAUUGUUUGUACAUAAUGAACCUUAUUUUGUAUUAUUGCCAAUCCCUUAAGAUAUUGUAUUUUGGAGACUCUCAGAUCCAAUUUUCUGUAUUGUAUUUUAUUAAGAGUUAUUGCGGGCUUGGCCUCUGUGAACUUCCUCUCUUUGCAGGCUCCUGUUUCCUCUUAGUCUACCAGCCGGUGUUUGCUUUGUUCUGUUUUUAAUAUAUCACUGUUUUCCUCCUGUUACUAGCUCUGCAAUCGCUUUCAAGCAGCAAAAUUAAAAAAAAGAUGCAGCAUCA